AUGUUGGGUGCCUUGGCAAAUAACCACAACAACCACAAUGGCCUCAAUCAUGAGAAUCCUGGUAGCUCUACGAUUAUGAAUAAUUAUAAUCAUACUACUGUUGUAACAACUACAACUAGUAAUAUGCCAGCGUCUUCCUCCCUAGAAGUACCCUCCACACGACAACUAAGGCCAGAUAUCACCCGCAAUCGAUCCAACCGAAGUUUUACGUACGGUCCAACAACAACGGCAAUGGAGGAUGAUGUUCAAAGUAGUAUGGAUGCGAUCUCAGUGGCCUUACCACAAGCUACAAAUCCACAACUUGAUUCAGGUGCAAGUGAGCCUUUUCAAAUUGGAUCACAGCCUCCCUUUAUACCAUCAGCGCCUUCUGUAGCACAACAAAGUGUUGCUAACUCAUCAAGCACACUUCGGGGAGGGUUGAAAAUAGAGAAGGGCUUUGCCCUGUUCAUAACCGGCUUACGAGAAGCGGAGCAAAUCCCUAACAAAGUGCUGUCCUUUCUUCUGUAUGCAUGGCUGAUUAUUCAAACGAUUUCUCUUUCUACUUAUUAUGAAUAUGAGUGGGGAUAUUAUGGAGGUUGGGUCAUGAGAGCUAUUGGCUUUACAUGGACAUUAGGACUUGAUUUCAUUCCGUAUGAAGGAAUCAUUACUCUCGACUUGAUCUUUUUCAUAUUCAAUAUAAUAACGUUGAGCAUGUUUUUGUUAUCAUUGACUGCUUUGGUGCUUGUUAUGCGAUUCCCAUUCUAUCGAAGAGUUGAAAAUUCUAUCAUAUUUGCAAUAUUGACUGGUUGCUUUUCAUGGUCAGCGAUUUCUCUAAUUUCAUAUUCUGUCAUGACAAAUGUCAGCUCUGUGCAAGAUUCCAAAGAUAUGUAUGGGUUAAUUUUAAUGGGCAUAGCAUUUAUAGUGUACUUGGUAGGAUUUGUUGUGGGAUUUGCUGUCAUUGAAUUUACAACGAAGCGAAUUGUAAAGCGAGUGAUAGAUUUGAUUGAGGACGCUAAUCUUACAGAUAAUGAAAUUGAAUAUCAGAAAACCAUGUAUUUGGUUAUUCAGUGGGCAAUGAGAGAUAGGUCAUUGACAGAGUAUGUACGAUGUCUGAUCAAUUCUUUUGCUGCCAGUAAGAUUGAACUAAGAUUUACAGACUUGAUUGUAACUGCAAUCUAUAUGCAUUAUUUUAUCGACGGAUUUCAUAGCAGCUCCCUCAUGUUGUUAAAGCAAGCCGAAGAGUUAGGAAACUCAGAAAAUAUGUUCCAAAGACUAGACUUGUACAUACAAAAGAAGCAUUUGAUGGAAGCUCAAAACGUUGAAAGUGCAGAGAGAGGAGAGUAUUUAUUUAAGGUUUACAAGUCUCAAGAAAAUAUUAUGAUUCUGCAAAAAACAUUCUGGAAGAAUGUCAUGUCAGACGACUUUUCUAUUAUCACUGUCGAACAACUGACAAGAAAGAUCCAGUUAGAAACCGAAUACUGUCGUACAAUUUUAGAGAAUUUAAUUUCUCAAAAACGUGACAAAACAGUAUAUAGAGCAUAUGCAAGGUUCAUGGAACAAUUUUUGUUUGAAAAAGAGAUUGCAGAGGAGUAUUAUGAAAGAGCUAAUGAAAUUGAGGAAUCAGAAGCAAAGAAAAGAACUAUUCCACAAAUUACCUUUCGAAAUAGAGUCCAUCCAAUGAGCACCUCCACCAAUACCAAGACCUCCAAAUUUACAGAAAGAAAGAGCAUUUUUGAAAUUCCAGAGGGAGAUUUGAAUGACCUCGAAUCUGCCUCGCAAUUUGGACAAAAGUUAAACCCCAAUGAAAAGCUAAAGGAUUUGUAUCGAAACGCCCUCAAGAAGGAAAAUGUGAACUACUCGCUUAUCAUUUUAUUUACAUCAAUCGCAUUCGUUUCGAUAGCAGCGGUUAUUGUCAGUGAAAUAAUUAACAUUAAUCUUUCAUCAGAAAACACCCAGAUUACAGUCAUGAUUAAUUCUGCUCCUCUACCAAUUUCAGCAAUGGCCACUGUAUGUGAAUAUAGAUAUGUUCAAAAAUUCUUGGAAAUACAUGGAGCUAUUGAUGAAACAGUUUUAAGAUCUAUUCAAGACCGAACCAAAUGGUACUCGUCCAUGGUACUGACUAUGAUCGAGACUGUUCAACAGCCCAUAUUUACGGAACAAAUGAAGAAUGAUAUGCUUACACCGAAGAAGGACGUUCUCAUUCCUUCAAUAGACCACACAAAUAAUUUCACAUACAGUACAAGAGAGAUGACUUAUGCAGAAUUAAUGCAUCAUAUUUAUACAGUUACUGACGUCAUUAGUAAUUUCAAUGCCUCUCAAUUUUUGAACACUUCUAGAUAUGAAUUUUUAUUCCUUUGGGCUAAUAGAAUUAAUUUUCUCGAUAUAUUUGAGGUAUUUUGUGAUACAUUAACACAAAGGAAUUUUGAACAUGUUGCACAUCAGCAACAAGUACUGAUUGGACUAAUAUCAGCUGUACUUGCUCUGCUCUCUAUUUACUUUUUGAUGUAUAUCAUUGUUACAAUUAAUUUUAUUCAGCAGGGAAGAAAAAUAAUCAAGCUACUCCAACAUAUUCCCAAGGACGAAGUUGGUCAAAUUAGAAAUGAUUUGGAGAAAAAGACUCAAGCAUUUGACCAUCGAGUUGAGUUUUCGAGAUCAAACUAUUUUUCUCCACCCAGGUUGUUCAUAUGCUUGAUAGUUGUGUGUUUUUUGUUGAUCUAUUUAUCCAUAGCAUUAAUUCUAUAUGAAGCAACCAAUAACCUUAAAUACAACUUGAAUGCAAUUUCCAAAGUUCAGCAUGGAACAGAAAUUACUCAUGACUUGACAAAAAUCACUUUUGGUAGUCUUCAAUUAUUGUUUGAUGACAAUCAAGAUUUGAGGUAUACCCGUGACGAAAUGUACACAUUUGCUAAGUCCUACAAUAUAAUGGACCAAUACAAUGGAUUCAAGUAUGGUGAUCAGGAAGGUGGAUACUUUAAUCUUGUUGGAAUGAGUAGUGAAAUCGAUCAAAAGCUAGUAAUUGCGAAUAAGAGUUGCGGCAACUUCUCAUUCAACAAUUUUGCAAUUGAACAAAUAUAUUGCAUGUCACUUGAUCAGCUAAUUGAUGCCAAUGUGUAUCUCCUAACUCGACAAACAGAAGAUGUUUUUAAUAGGAAAUAUCCAGACGCCGAGCUUCUUGACCAGUUUUGGAAGAAUUACAUGGUCUAUAUUCAGACAAGAACGUUGAGCUGGGACUUGAUGCUAUUGUCCAUUAACUAUUUCACUACCGUAAUUCGGGAGCGAAUGAUCAGUGGGCUGGCAUGUGUUUUGCCAGCAGCGGUUUUGAUUAUACUCAUUUUCGCUCAACGGUACUAUGAAACUUUCAGAAGAAAAAAGAGUUCUAAGGAUGAUGGAAGGAAUGAAGUUAAGGCUAUUUGUGAUGCAGCAGUGGACGGAGUCAUUUUGUGUACCAAUAUGGCUGUCAUUGAGAUCUUCAACCCUUCAUCGGAGACUAUGUUUGGAUAUAAGGCUACUGAUGUGAUUGGAAGUAGCUUGCUUAUAUUGUUUGAUAAGGAGAGUAAGGAUAAAUUAGAAACAGCACUUGUGCGACUACGUAACUCUACUGAAAACACUGGAGAGACGUUUGAAUUGGUUUGUGUGAGAAAGAAUGAAAGAAAAUUCUUUGCUCGAGUCUCAAUCUCAAUAAGCAUUUUACAAUCGAGCAAAGACAAGAGCUCUAGUACUUCAAAACGCUCCAUCAUUUCAUGUUUUAUCAAAGACAUCACAACAGAAAUCAAACACAAUAAUCUCAUUAAUCAAGAAAAGAUGAAAUCUGAGGCCUUACUUUUGAACAUUUUGCCAGAACCAGUCGCCAAUAGGUUAAAGGCAGGAGAAACAAAUAUCUAUGAAAACUUUAAGGAUGUGACUUGCUUCUUUUCAGAUAUUGUUGGAUUCACUACUAUGAGCAGUUCUCUUGAUCCAGAACAGGUGGUUUCCAUGCUAAACAAAAUCGUUAACUAUUUUGAUACUCUCUCAGAUUACUACGAUUUAGAGAAGAUCAAAACGAUUGGAGAUGCUUAUUUUUGUGCUGGUGGAUUACAUAAUUGCAUGCAAUCUGAUCACCCCGAAAAGGUCCUUCGUUUUGCAAUGGAUGCUUUUGGUGCGAUUUAUAUUUACAAUUCCGAAAAUAAUGCUUCUGUGAACAUACGUGUGGGCAUUCAUAGUGGAUCCGUCGUUGCUGGGGUUUUGGGCACGAGGAAAUUUGCCUAUGAUCUUUGGGGAGAUGCAGUCAACACUGCUUCGAGAAUGGAGAGUUCUGGUGUACCUGGCAGAAUACAAUUGUCACGACAAACUUAUGAAAGAGUUCACGAUUUGUUUGAAUUCGAAGAACGUGAAAUUGAGGUGAAAGGAAAGGGCAAAAUGAAGACCUAUCUCCUCAACCAAAAGUAUUACCAAAAUCCCUCAAAGAGUGCAGAUGAAGCUCUUUUCACGACUGACCUUCGCAGGAGAUUAAGUGAAAAUAAUUCUGCUUCCAAUAUAUUCAAUUCAAACACCAAUGAAGAGCAAAGGAACAGCGUUGAGGCGUAA